AUAAAAUAAAAAGAGAGAGAGCCGUUCGGUUCUCCCUCUAAUUUCUCCCUCUCCAAAUCCAUUUUUUCAGAUUCCUUUAAUUAAAUUUUGUUUGUUUUUUUUGAAAUUUGAUUUUCGAAAUUUCACAUUUUAAUUAUUUAUUAGUUGAAUUUAUUCAUCAAAAUUGAUCUACAGAUUCAAUUACAUUUCUAAUUGAUCUGUAUUUUAGUGAAGAAUCUGAUAAUUAUUAGGGUUUUGGAUGAUGAUUUAGGGGAAUUUUUUGAAAAUAUUUUUUGUGGAUUCGAAUGGCAUCGGCUCAGGUUUUGCGAAAGCAAGAGCAUUUGCAAGCUGGGAAAAAGAAGCUAGAAGAGUUCCGCAAAAAGAGAGCUGAGAAGGUUAAAAAGUCAAUUUCCAAUAAACAACCUCAUGGUUCGGAUAGAGGCUUUGAUAACCAACCUUUAGACAAUGAACACACAAGAAUCACUGACUCUCGUGGAGCUGGUACAUCUGAUGCAGUUGGUGGAGCUGUUUCAGAGUUAUCUCGAGUAGAUGUUAAGCAUGAUUUCAAGAAUCCUGAUCUUGCACAGAAGAGUGGUUUCGCUUCUUCCUAUGAUGCUUCUACUCAUAGUUUACACAACAAUGAUAAUGAUGCUAGUGCUACUUCUACUGUAAGUGGAAACAAUGAUGGUUUUGAUUCUUCCAUCUCUAUAUCAUCUCAUUUUAAAGAUAAAGUGCUUAAGGGUGAUGAGAAACCAAAGCUAUCUGAACAAUUCAGUGAUAGUUAUAAUCCCUCUGAGAAGACAGAGAAUGACGGAACCUUAGGAAGUGUUGGAUUUAGAUUUAAUACUAGUCAUUCUUCACCUAAUUUUCUGUCAUCAGCCCCCAGUUACAGUAAAAUUUCCGGGCUGUUUAGUCAUGAUGGUGCAGAUAAAAGUGAGUUAGAGGAAAAUAAAACAAAGGAUCUUUCUCUAAUGAACAUGGGUACUUCUCAUGCUUUUCCUGGUAAUGUUUCACCUGAAAACUCCCUUGGUCCUCGUCUGCAAGAAAAAUCAGAUCAUAUAUGCCCCACAACCUGCAGUACAAAUUUUUCUUUGGAAGAUGGGAAAAAAGAUGGUGCUGUUGAAGCUAAUAGUUCUAUUGUUUCUGAUAUUGGGUAUGACCAGUUCAACAACUCUGGUUUUUACAUGAACAAUAAUUCUUCUUCUUGGGCAUCUGAUUCUAAAUAUGAUGGCAUCAGUUCUGAAGCAAGAAGUUCUUCUAGUAAUUCAAAAUUGUCUCCACCCACUGUUGGGAGGAGAUCUCGUCCAUCUUUCCUUGAUUCCAUCAACAUUUCAAAAGUUCCUGCGGCAUCCCCUUCUCCAACUGAAUCAGUUUCUGCAGACAGAUUUGAUCCAAAGGUUCAUCCCAUGGACACUUUGGAAUCGUCCAACUCCAGGAACAUGAUGAAUUCCUCAACUGUUUCUGUCAGUGGGUCUGAUCAAUUGAAUCAUCAUACUGAGAAAGACAUGGGAAACAUGGACAACCGUUAUCAGUCUUUUGCACAAAAACAGAAUGAAGAUUUUGCUGCUUUAGAACAGCAUAUUGAAGAUUUAACACAAGAGAAGUUCUCUUCACAACGUGCUCUUGAAGCUUCACGAGCUCUAGCAGAGUCUCUAGCUGCUGAAAAUUCUGCCCUGACCGAGAGUUAUAACCAACAGGGCAGUUUUGUUACCCAAUUAAAGGCCGACACAGAAAAACUGCAGGAGGAAAUUAAAGGACAACUGGUCGAACUUGAAGCUGUGAAAAUGGAAUAUGCAAGCAUACAAUUAGAAUGUAAUGCUGCAGAUGAACGUGCUAAGCUAUUGGCUUCUGAAGUGAUUGGUUUAGAAGAGAAGGGACUUCGUCUGAGAUCUAAUGAGCUUAAACUGGAGAGGGAAUUAGAGAUAUCACAAGCUGAAAUAUCUUCUUUCAAAAAGAAAAUGGCUAGCCUUGGAAAGGAACGCCAGAAUCUGUUGUCAACAAUUGAUGCUUUAAAAGAAGAAAAGAAGCUCUUGCAGGCGAAACUACGAAAAACUUUUGAAAGUGGCAAGUCACUUGAUGUUAGCAGGAGUAUGCCUAGUAAAAAAAAUGUAUCAACUUCAACAGAGGAUCUCCGUGAAGAAAAAAUUGUAAAUGAUGACCCUAACUUGGGAGCUCACAGUACUGAGGCCCCCGCCUUUUCAUAUCUAUCUGAGAAUGACCAACUCAAUCUUGAAAGCUUAUCGACGGCUGUUCCUCCAGAUCAGAUAAGGAUGAUUCAAAGCAUCAAUACAUUGAUUUCUGAGUUAACCUUGGAGAAAGAAGAGUUGAUGAAAGCCUUGUCACUGGAAUCAUCUCAGUGCUCUGAAUUGCAGGAGUUAAACAAGGACUUAACCCGAAAGCUUGAAGCUCAAACACAAAGAUUAGAGCUUUUGACUGCUCAAAGCAUGGCAACUGGUAAUAACCAAACAAGGCAACCAGAUGCUCUAUCUGUGCAGGACAGCAACCCAUAUGCUGAUGAAGGUGAUGAGGUGGUGGAACGGGUCUUGGGAUGGAUAAUAAAGCUAUUCCCUGGAGGACCAUCAAAACGGAGAACCAGCAAGCUUAUUUAGUUCGACGCGUUUUGUACAUCAUAAUCUCUUUUUGCUCCUCCGCGCCUUGUAUUUUUGGUAGCCAGAUGGAGAUAGUUUUCUUGUACUAUUAGUGAUUCAUAGUCCCAAUUCAUUUCCCAGAAGAAGCAAAUUGCUUCAAAGAGGCAUUUAGAAGAAAUGAUUGAUUACUUUACAGAUUUGGCAACAAAGCAGAACCUCAGUUCCAUUCUUUCGACCUGUCGAAUGCUGAAUGGGAAACCAUAGAUGAAUAGAAAUUUCCAUAGACAAACUAAGGGGAUGAUGAAAUAUUACUGCAGAAAGACUCAAGAUGAAGUUUGGUUAAAUACUAUCUAUAUAUAUAUAUUUAGAAGAUAUGUUUACUAGUGAAUUAUUAGGGGGGGAAAGAGGAAAAGGAUCAAAUGCAUCAUUUACCUUCGAGAAAUAAUCCCUUUUUUACUUUUGGUGUUGUCUUAGUACUAAUAUAUUUGUUAAUUUUAUUUUUAGGCCUAAAACCUUGUCAUGUUUUGUUUAUCAAGAA